AUGUCGGACGAUAUCACCCUCGCAGGUUAUCUUUUCGAACGCCUUCAUCAAGUUGGCCUACACGCCGUGCAUGGCGUCCCCGGAAACCAUAAUAUCGGAAUACUGAGAGAAGCCACUGAUGCGGCGCUUGGAUGUGUCACACACCGUAGCGAUCUUAGUGUCGGACUUGUCGCAGAUGGAUAUGCACGGGUCAAGGGUAUCGCCGCUGUGAUAUCUUCAUUCGAGAAUAUGUCACCGUCGGUCCCGACGGCAAUCGCUGCCUCGUACCGGGAUAGAAUUCCAGUUGUGCUUGUGAUUGGUACACCCGAACGAAAGGUGCAAGCGCAGGCUUCCAAAUUCCACCAUUCAUUCUUCGACGCGCAGCCUAAUGUUCCUCGUCAGCCUGAUGUCUUUCAAACACUCGCUGACUGCUUCGACAAAAUUACCAUUACCCAGGAGUUUCUUGUUCACCCUAGCGAGGCGACUGCUCAGAUUGAUACUGCCAUUCGAGGAUGUAUCAUGCAGUCUCUGCCUGUUUAUAUCGAACUGCCGGAAGAUUUGGUCGGCAGUAUGGUACCGGUGAAGGGACUCGUUCAGCGCCUGGACUUCAACGCUCCGCCCCACGAUGCUGAGAUCGAACAAACGGUAGUGGCCAGUAUCAUGAACAAGAUUAGGCACGCACAACGACCGGUGAUUCUCGUGGAUGCGGGUGUUCCAUCUUGUGGUCUUACCAAGGAAGCAAGCCAGCUGGCGAAAAAGACUAGGUUUCCAACUGCUGCGACCCAGUUCAGCAGAGGUGUUGUAGAUGAAACACUCAAAAACUUCCAUGGGGAUAUCUCGGAUUUCGACAUGUACGGUUCAUACUUCAGAUCGUCUGACCUGAUUCUCCUUAUUGGACCUCUGAAUACCACUAAGUGGGCUGCUCCCGCCGUGUUCGAGGCGAAGACAGCAGAAACCGUCACAUUCAAUAGAAAUUCCGUUGUCAUUGGGGACCAAAGUUAUGAGCUCUUCUCUAGACCUGUGCUUCAGCGGAUUCUAGACUGCCUGACUGAGAGGAAACUGCGUGAUCUUGCGCCCUACCCCAAUUUACCCAAUGUCCGCGACAGCAUUGAAAUGCUCCCAAGUCAGAGAAAUACUGCAUUACUUCAGCAUGACAUUUAUUCCACCUUUUGGCGACGGAUGUCUCUUUUUUUCCGUCCGGGUGAUAUUAUCUUGACUGAAACCCAAACAGCUCAGGAUGGAGCACGCUCAUUUGUUUUGCCGCGUGAUACAACCAUAAUCAAUCCUGGUAUCAGGAAGUUCGCCGGACACAUGCUUGCUACCACCUUGGGUGUCGCUUCGGCAAAACAAGGCCUUGCCAAAGCAACCUGCCGGCUUUCGCACGGACGAACAGUUCUCUUUGAAGGAGCCAAGGGUUUCCAAGAGGGCCGAAAUGACCUCAGAGCCAUCAUCGAUAACAAGCUCAAUGCCAUCAUAUUCGUGAUCAACGAAGGAGAACCCAUCGUUGAAAGGCUAAUGCACGCAAUGGAGUACCGCCAGCAGGAUUCUGGUCACUGGAGAUACGCAGAAUCCGUUUCUUUCUUUGGAGCCCCAAAUGUGACAUCUUACCCGGUCUCUUCCACCAUAGCCAGAACAUGGGGCGACAUUGACAUCAUUUUCCAUGAUGAGAUGGUUCAAUCCGGGACAGGGCUGCACGUUGUGGAUGUCAUGGUCAGACCCGGAGAUCCAAAUCAAAGCCCGUGUAUUCUCACGGAGAUAUAUGGCCCACCCCCGAGCCCGUUUACCUUGAAGAAGCAUCACAUCAAGCAAGAUUGA